AUGAGCGCAGACGAAGGCGGAGGCACGGCGCCCAUGUCGGCCACAAAUGGAGAACUGCAUACUUCCACACCCGAUCCGCCUACUAUGGCGACGCCGGGCAAACGAAAGCGUGUCUCGAGUCAUGACGAGAAGGCUGCUCAGGACGCCAGUUCGUCUGCUUCGAAGGGCUCCCAGGACAAAGUCAAGCUGCAAGAAACCCUUCGAAAUCUCGUCGAAAUCCUGAGCAAAACUGACGGAGAACUUCACCUUCUAUCGUGUCCGCUGUCGACUUCUCUAUCCAAACCUCGCUCGAAGCGCGCCAAAGUAUCCGGUGACAAAGACGAAGGGGUCAGUAUACAAACACGCGUAGCUUCGGAUCGCUACAACACGCUUUCGGAAUUCUUAAGCGACAUCGAGAGGGCGUCUGCUGCCGUGAUUGAAAGGAACAAGGCUCAAGCUAGUGCGACCCCCGCGGAUGGAACACCUUUGACUGAAACGGUUAAUCGCAUCGCCGCUUUCAAAAAACACUUGAACAGUCUUGUUCGCCAGGCUCAAACGACCCCAGCUAAUGUCAAGACGGAGACAUCGGAAGAUGAUGCGGAGGCGCCCACGAAAUCUACCCCGUCAAACGUGGAAACGCGUAGCGACAGUUUGGUGUUGACCUUGUUCGGUAACCCAGCCAACCCAAAACAGCUAUACUCGAGUCUGCAAAAAUCGGUCAAGGUUUCAUUGCCUUCGGACGACCCGCAAACCGAGAAGUUUGUCGAGGUGCAGGCGCCGUUGCAUGAGGAAGGCCUGCCGAACGGAAUCAGCAUCACCAAGGUCGAACCUCACGAUCUUGAGGCUAAACCCAAGGAGCCUACAAGGACCUUUGGGGAGGUCUUCGCCCCUCGUCAAACUCUACCUCAAUUGGAACCACCUCGCCGUGCCAGGUCUUCAUCCCGAGGGGCAUUCAGCAGCUGGGUUGAUCCGUUCGAAGCAGUCACCAACUUCAAGUCCUUCCUCGGUGAUCGUAACAACUACUGUCUUGCGCCUCUGCCUUCCGGCCAGUGGCUUCAGUAUGGCGGCGUCACUUCUUCGCCAUCGUACUGGAAUCGUCGGCAGAAGCAGCAGUCGUCUCAACAACAUGUUGACGAAAGGUUCCAUGAGGAUUCUGCCAUGUGGGCAGAUGACGACGCAUCAAUCUGGCAGGGGGUGUACUCCUCGUUCGCCCCAUCUUUCGACAGUUCGGGAGCCGUCGUGCAGGCCGACUCCAAAGACUUGGUAUGGUGGAAAAAGCGAGGGUCGAAGCGCCUUCACAUGCUACUUUCUCUACCAGAUCAACAGGAACACGAGGAAACGAUAUCGGAACGACCAGGGAAUAUCGGAGAGCUUGAUGAGAGCACUCUAGAGGAGAUGGUCAAAUCCUUCAAACCGGAAGACUUUGCAGACAGUGUUACUCGUGCCGAUGCCCCAAAGAACAAAGAUGCCGACGAGAAUGAUGGGAACAAGAAAGAAGAAAACGAUGAAGAAGGAUCACAAGACUCGGAGGAUGUACUACGAGACAUCUCGGAUCUUCUGGAGACCCUAAGCUCAUAUCAACGGAUUCGCAAUCUCGAGGCCCCGGGAAGUCAGGGCGCUGACACCAAAGAGAUCGUUCCCGAUAUGGGUACCCCCGACGCCCCUUCGGCAGCAGAGCAAACCGUUUAUGAGACUCUGAGGUCAAGUCUAGCAGCGCUUGUAUCAACACUUCCCCCACACGCGGUCGCCAAGCUAAAUGGAGAUCAACUGGAUGAGCUGAAUAUCAGCCGGAAGGUUGUGAUUGAGAACCCGGACUACCACGGCACCAUGGAGAAAGAUGAGUUCACCUUACAGCAAGAGCGAACUGCAGCCAUGGCCCCGAUGGCCGGUAGUGUAAACAGGACGUCCACGCCGUCACGCUCGUCCAACUACCCAGCAGGGUACAACCAGCGCGCCUACGCCACCAAUGCCCGGACUCAACAGCCACAAAGCGGUUUCCAGACUCCACAACCGUACUAUGGUGGGCGGCAACCCUCCGCGUCGGCACCAUACACCCCUGGUCCCCAACAGCAGCAUUACGCGGGAGCUCGUGGACCAGCAACGCCGUCGCAGCGCCCCAACUAUCUUCAGGGGUACUCGCAGCCCACUCCUCAGUAUAACCAAGGAAAUGCUCCUCAAUUUCAGAGACCCACCCAGAACGGCUAUGCUCCUUACCCGCCUCAACAAGGCAUGCCUCCUGCUCAAGCUUCUCCGCAGCAGCCAUACACUCCCCGUCCAGGACAGCCAGCACCGUACAAUGUUCCUUAUGGCGCAGGGCGCAGUGCCUCCCCUCAGAAACAGCAAGCAUACGCAGCACCACGAACACCAUAUAUGACGCCCGGCCCCAACCCUCAGAAUCCUCAGCGAUACGCUUCCCAACAACAGCAGCAGCCUCCUCCAUACGGGAAUUAUCCCCCUACUCAAGUACCACAGACCUCGGGUAGCUAUUCCAAUUCGGCCGCCGCCAUGACCUAUGCUCGGAGUGCUGCCGAGCAGGCGGCCCUGAUGGAUCGCAAUAAAGUCCAGCUUGCUUCUCACCAAACUCGACAGAGCCCUUCUACGCCACAGCCUUCUAUUGAACAGGGUAACUCUCAAGACCGGAGUGUAACGCCAGGGAGCAAGCAAAAUGGUACCCCGGCAGCUUCAUGA